AGCACUGACUGUACACUUCAGUCAAGGAACGACUCUAGCUUGUGGUAUGUGGGGGUCUAUCAUCGAAUAGAACCAAGACUUCGGGCGUUUCACAGCGCUGAAUGAUACGCGUCUCUACAUUCGCCUUCAAGCUCUGGAAUCCCUGACCUUAGCGCGAUAACUCGGUGAGCGGUGUUAUCCGGUGCUGAGUUAACACGAAUGCCUCAUAUUAUGCUUCGUGCCCGACAAUUGACGGUACCGAUGUCAAGUCCUCGGGCUCGGUCCCGCUCUCUCAGCGGUGUUAUGUUCCCAUCUAUCUACCCAACUUCGCUAUUCAACGGAGAGCUCAGCACAUUGGAUAUGUUGCACUCGCCGGCCUGUAUUUGGGAUACAGUCAAUCGAUUUAACGGUACCGCACGACGCUUGUUCACAGGUUACAGCGCAAGUCUCUGUCAUUGGUUGGCAAGGCUCAUCGUGCUUUCCACCAGAGGUGCACCAAGAGGACGGGCCCAGCAGCACAAAUAUUACAGCAGCGUAGAAUGAGAGGUAUAAAAGGACAGCGCAACUCACCACUCUCUCUUCAGGACACUCGCAGUCUUCUCUCCAGCCUCAAUUAAACGGUCAUGGCUUUCAAGCAACUCAUCGCUGCUCUUUCCGUUGUGCUCUCUCUUCAGGCAGCCCAAGCUGCCGUGGUGAAGAGUAAGCGCGCAGCAUGCUCCAACGGCGCCAGUGUCAGCGACGAGUCGUGCUGCGCGUGGUUCGACGUCCUCGACGACAUUCAGCAGAACCUCUUCAACGGAGCUCAGUGCGGGGCCGAGGCUCACGAGUCUAUCCGUCUCGUCUUCCACGAUGCCAUUGCCAUCUCUCCUGCCCUUGAGGCCCAGGGCCAGUUUGGCGGUGGUGGUGCCGACGGCUCCAUCAUGAUCUUUGAUAGCGUCGAGACUGCGUUCCAGGCGAAUGUCGGCCUUGAUGAGAUUGUCCAACUCCAGAAACCAUUCGUCGCGAAGCACAACGUUACCCCCGGCGACUUUAUUGCGUUUGCCGGUGCGGUCGCGAUGAGCAACUGUCCGGGUGCUCCACAGAUGAAUUUCUUCACCGGCCGCGCUCCCGCUACCCAAGCUGCUCCUGAUGGUCUUGUCCCUGAGCCUUUCGACGAUGUCACUAAGAUUAUCAACCGCGUCAACGAUGCCGGCCAGUUCGAUGAGCUCGAGCUUGUCUGGAUGCUUUCGGCCCACUCUGUUGCUGCUUCUAACGACAUCGACCCGACUGUCCAAGGCCUGCCGUUUGACUCCACUCCCGGCAUAUUCGACUCCCAAUUCUUCGUCGAAUCCCAGCUUCGCGGCACUCUCUUCCCUGGCUCUGGCGGAAACCAAGGCGAGGUUGAGUCUGGAAUCCCGGGAGAAAUGCGCCUGCAGUCCGACUCCUUGAUCGCGCGCGACUCGCGCACGGCCUGCGAGUGGCAGUCCUUCGUCAACAACCAGUCGAAGCUGACGAGCGACUUCCAGUUCAUCUUCCUCGCGCUCACCCAGCUCGGUCAGAACCCGGACGUGAUGACUGACUGCUCGGCCGUCAUUCCACUCUCUAAGCCGAUCCCUGGCAACGGUCCGUUUUCGUUCUUCCCCGCUGGAACAUCCAUUGCCGACGUUGAGCAGGCCUGCGCAUCCACCCCCUUCCCGAGUCUCACGACUCUACCCGGCCCGGCGACCUCGGUCGCGCACAUCCCGCCGCCUCCUGGUGCUUAGACAAUUUCUACCACGGUCCUAACGGCUAUACUAUAACAUUGUCCACGGAUAUCGUUGUCCUACCAGUUUGCUUGCUACCUGUAUUAUAGCCUUCCCCAAAUGCAACAGUUAUAGUAUGCUCUGCUUUCUGUGCUACCAGAGUCAACAGCGACUUGGAAUCUUGUAGAACAGGUGCUUAACUGUAGACUGAGAGCGUAUCGUCCUCCGCAGUAGCAAGCUGGCAUCCGCAUGGCAAGCCGCAAGCGAAUUUCGUGUACGCUUACUUAUAUGCCUAGUCCGC